CACCUCUCCCUCUCUUUCUUCCUUCCUUCUCUCUCCUCAUCAUGCUAUAGGUACAUACACUUUACUACCAUACUCUGUACUCGCACCUCGUCAUCGUCACCUGAUACUCUACUCCCCACUGCACCCUCUCACCAUGGCCCCCUUCGGCAACCCCAUUCCACCUCUCCCGACCUCUCCCGCUUCCAACGUUCCCACUCCAGCACCCGCCGCUCAUUCAGUCGUCAUAUCCGACUCGACUCCCCCCACCUCGCCCAAUCGACCAUCACGCCCUUCUAUCGUUCCGAUCACCAUGACUCGCAUGAGCGUUCGUCCGCCCGGCUCACUAUAUCCCCCUGCCACCGGCCGCGGCCUCGAUGCAGAUCUAGAGGGCAGGUCAGAUGAUGGAGGGGCAAAUGUUGAAGAACAGGAGCAAGGUUCAAAUGUGGAAUGGGAAGAGUCGAUGGGAGAAGCUGACAUGGUGUUGGAACUCGCAGAUGGUCUCGCCUUGUCAGGUCACUCUUUCGGAGCCAAGAAAAGUGUAGCUGGAGAGUGUGUCUUUCAAACAGGGAUGGUCGGUUACCCCGAAUCACUCACAGACCCUUCUUACUCUGCUCAAAUCCUCAUCCUCACCUACCCUCUCAUCGGCAACUAUGGCGUUCCAGAUCGUCCAGCGUCCACUCCCCCGUCCCAAGAUGCACGCAACGUCCCUCCGCCUACUCACCUCCUUGACACUCUCCCCCUGGAAUUCGAAUCUUCCCACAUUCAUGUGGCAGCUCUCGUCGUGGGCAACUACCACCCGAGCUAUUCGCACCAUCUCGCCGCCUCGAGUCUCGGCACGUGGCUCAAAGAACAAGGCAUCCCUGCCAUCUGGGGUGUGGACACCCGUAUGCUCACCAAGCGCAUUCGAGAAGGUGGUGUUCUUCUCGGACGCGUUCUUGCUCGACAACAGCCAUCCGACGGCGGUGAUCGUGGACGAGAUGCUCAGCCUGGGGUACUCGGAGGCGUCUCACGGCUUCUCAACGGACUCUCUCCUGCCACCUCGUUGUACCGUUCAAUGUCCAGUGACGGUCGGUCGGACACUUCACAGUGGAGGGAACACUUCGAAUUGGUACCCUUCUUCGAUCCCAAUAAUAUCAACCUCGUCGCCAACGUGUCCACUCGGCAGCCUACUCUCUACUCGUCGGCCACUGGCUCGGCCAAAGUUCUGCAUCCCAAGACGGGCAAACAGUUACGAGUUGUGGCGGUGGAUGUGGGUAUGAAAUGGAACCAAAUCAGAUGUUUCCGGAAUCGCGGAGUAGAAGUAAAAGUGGUACCCUGGGACUACGAUUUCAAUUCGGAAUCUGAACCUUACGACGGACUGUUCGUCUCCAACGGUCCCGGCGACCCCUCCGUGGUUCGAGAGACAAUCGCACACCUUUCCAAGGCAAUCGAAUCGGCCAAAGUGCCAAUCUUUGGUAUCUGUCUGGGGCACCAACUCCUCGCCCUAGCGUCCGGUGCAGCCACUCGCAAGAUGAAGUACGGCAACCGAGGGAUGAACUUGCCAUGCACGUGCGCUACUUCCGGAAGAUGCUACAUCACCUCUCAGAAUCACGGUUACGAGGUCGAUGUGUCCACACUCAGAAAUGGCUGGGAACCUCUAUUUACGAAUGCGAAUGAUUCGAGCAACGAGGGUAUCUGGAUGGGUAAAGACGGGAAACCUUUCUUCUCUGUUCAGUUCCACCCAGAAUCUGCCCCAGGGCCUAGGGAUACCGAGUUUCUGUUCGAUGUGUUCAUUCAAAGCAUGGUGGAUCGCGCUCGGGAAGGUAAACUCGUACCUAUAAGCAUGCCCGGCGGGGAUAUCGCAGCGAAUGUAGCAGCCACACCUCGUGAACAGGUCAAAAAGGUCCUCGUUCUCGGCUCGGGAGGUCUUUCAAUAGGUCAAGCUGGAGAGUUUGAUUAUUCCGGUUCGCAAGCCAUCAAAGCUCUCAAAGAAGAAGGCAUCUACACCAUUCUCGUCAAUCCCAACAUUGCCACCAUCCAAACCUCCAAAGGGCUCGCCGACAAGGUCUACUUUCUCCCAGUCACACCCGAUUUUGUACUCAAAAUCAUCAAGCAUGAAAAGCCCGACGGUAUAUACUGCACUUUUGGGGGUCAGACCGCACUCAACGUCGGUAUCAAGCUCAAGGACGACUUUGCCAAACUCGGCGUCAAAGUGCUGGGAACACCCAUCGAGACCAUCAUCACCACAGAGGAUAGGGAAAUGUUUGCGAGGGCAAUGGAGGAAAUCGGGGAGAAGUGUGCAGAGUCGGCCACGGCCACAAACUACACGGAGGCCCUUGCCGCGGCCACGAAGAUUGGAUUCCCUGUCAUCGUGCGAGCGGCUUAUGCGCUUGGAGGGCUGGGAAGUGGUUUCGCACAAGACGGAGAACAAUUGGCCGAAUUGUGUGGAAAAGCUUUCGCUACCAGUCCUCAAGUGCUGGUGGAGAAGAGCAUGAAAGGGUGGAAGGAGAUUGAAUACGAGGUGGUUCGAGACUGCAGGAACAACUGCAUCACUGUUUGUAACAUGGAGAACUUUGACCCAUUGGGUAUUCACACUGGUGAUUCUAUCGUCGUUGCGCCUUCGCAAACCCUGUCCGACGCAGACUACAACAUGCUCCGAACGACCGCUGUCAACGUCAUUCGUCAUCUCGGCGUCGUAGGAGAGUGCAACAUUCAAUAUGCCUUGAACCCAUAUUCCAAGGAAUACUGCAUCAUCGAAGUGAACGCUCGUCUGUCACGUUCUUCGGCUCUUGCCUCCAAAGCGACCGGUUAUCCACUCGCCUUCAUCGCUGCCAAACUCGGUCUCAACAUCCCCCUCAAUGAGAUCCGAAACUCGGUCACAAAGCUGACUUCGGCGUGCUUUGAGCCUUCCCUCGACUACUGCGUCGUCAAAAUACCUCGUUGGGAUCUAAAAAAGUUUAGUCGAGUCAGUACUGCCCUUAGUAGUAGCAUGAAAUCGGUCGGUGAAGUCAUGGCCAUCGGACGUUCUUUCGAAGAAACCAUUCAGAAAGCUAUCCGCUGCAUCGACGAUCAGUUUCCUGGAUUUGGCGAGCAUAUAGCGAUUGAAGAUGUCGAUUAUGAGAUUAAGAAUCCCACCGAUAAACGAUUGUUCGCCAUCGCGACCGCUUUCAAGCGUGGCUAUUCCGUCGACAAGGUCAAUCAAAUGUCAAACAUCGACAAAUGGUUCCUCACCCGGCUCGAGCGAUUGGUCAAGACGGAAAAGAUUAUGUCCAGAUUCAGCGCCUCCACUGUCCCCAUUGAGCUCAUACGGAACGCCAAGCAGAUAGGCUUUUCUGAUCGCCAAAUAGCCAGGGCUGUCAAUUCGAAUGAGCUGGCUGUUAGACGAUUGCGUAUGGAAGCGGGUAUCACACCGUUUGUCAAGCAGAUUGAUACUGUCGCCGCCGAGUUUCCCGCGUUCACCAAUUAUCUCUACACCACUUACAAUGCCAGCGAACACGAUGUCACCUUUUCUGAUAACGGGGUCAUGGUCCUGGGUUCUGGGGUUUACCGUAUCGGAUCUUCAGUCGAGUUUGAUUGGUGUGCUGUGAGAGCAAUCCGUACCUUGCGAGAAAACGGGCUCAAAACGGUCAUGAUCAACUACAACCCCGAGACCGUGUCGACUGAUUACGACGAGGCGGACAAGUUAUACUUUGAGAACAUCAGUCUGGAAACGGUGCUUGACAUCUAUGAUCUGGAGAGAUCCAGCGGAGUCGUGCUUUCGAUGGGUGGUCAAACGCCCAACAACAUCGCACUCGCCCUUCACAGACAAAACGUAAAGAUCUACGGCACAUCCCCAGAAAUGAUUGAUACCGCCGAGAAUCGAUACAAAUUCUCACGUAUGUUGGACAAGAUUGGCGUCGAUCAGCCCCUCUGGAAAGAGCUCACCAGCUUUGAAGAGGCCAAGAUUUUCUGCGACAGAGUAUCGUAUCCUGUGUUGGUCCGACCAUCCUACGUCCUGUCUGGAGCAGCGAUGAAUGUCGUCUUUUCGCAAGAUGACUUGGUUACCUAUCUGUCGCAAGCGGCAGACGUCUCACGCGACCAUCCCGUCGUCAUUUCAAAGUACAUCGAGGAGGCCAAGGAAAUCGAGAUGGAUGCUGUGGCUCGAGAUGGGAAAAUGGUCAUGCACUACAUUUCGGAGCAUGUGGAGAACGCUGGUGUGCACUCUGGCGACGCGACCCUCAUUCUUCCUCCACAGGACCUUGACCCGGAGACCAUUCGGAAGAUCGAGAUUGCGACGCAGAAGAUAGGCCAAGCUCUCAAUGUCACUGGUCCGUUCAACAUACAGUUCAUCGCCAAAAACAACGAGAUCAAGGUCAUCGAGUGUAACCUCCGAGCCGCUCGGUCGUUCCCUUUCGUCUCCAAAGUCACCGGAGUGGACGCCAUCGAGCUCGCCACCAAGGUCAUGCUGGAUUUCCCUGUCACACCUUAUCCCGACGUCAAGAUGCCUCCGAAUUAUGUCGGAGUCAAAGUCCCUCAGUUCUCCUUCAGUCGGUUGUCUGGAGCAGACCCCAUCCUCGGGGUGGAAAUGGCGUCGACUGGAGAGGUCGCGUGUUUCGGCAAAGAUAGGUACGAUGCGUAUCUGAAAGCUCUCAUCUCUACGGGUAUCCGGCCGCCAAAGAAGAACAUUCUCCUAUCUAUCGGUUCCUUCAAGGAGAAACUCGAAAUGCUUCCCUCGGUCCUCAAGCUGCAUCGUAUGGGUUACAACCUUUUCGCCACCGCUGGAACGUCAGAUUUCUUCCAAGAACAUGGUAUCCCUGUCAAGUAUCUGGAGGCUUUGGGGGAGCAAGACGAACUCAAUCCUCAAAAAGCGGAAUACUCUCUCACGCAACAUCUUGCCAAUAACCUGAUCGACCUGUACAUCAACCUACCUUCCAAGAACCGAUUCCGACGACCAUCAUCAUACAUCUCAAAAGGGUAUCGUUCGCGACGGAUGGCUGUUGACUUUGCCGUUCCCCUCAUCACCAACGUGAAAUGUGCCAAACUGUUCAUCGAAGCCAUCAUUCGCAAGCCCACCUUUGACAUCACCUCGGUCGAUUAUAAAACUUCUCAUCAGACGUACACCUUCCCUGGUCUAGUAUCCGUCGGCGCAUUCGUCCCUGGUGCUGCCGAAUCGGGCUCGAAUGACUUUGGUCAAGCGACUCAAGCGGCCAUCAGAGGAGGUUUCACCGUUCUCCAGAUGAUUCCUCAGGGCAUGUCUUCUGCGGUCGAAGAUGAGAUAUCACUUCAACGAGCUCAGAGCAAUGCUUCCGGCUCUGCUCAUUGCGACUACUUCUUUUCCGUCGCUGCUACCGCCGACAAUGUUUCACGACUUCCCGACGCCAUCGCUGCAGGAGCGAAAGCCCUGUUCAUCCCAUUCAACAACUUUUACGGUGCCAGGAACAAAGUGACAUCCGUUGCUCAGCAUUUCGCCGCCUGGCCGGCCGAUAGACCCAUCAUCACCGACGCGCGACAAACCGACUUGGCUUCGAUAUUACUCCUCGCCAGUCUCAACAACCGUAGCAUCCACAUCACCGGUGUAUCCACCAGAGACGACAUAUCGCUUAUCGGAUUGGCCAAGGGCAAAGGACUCGCUGUCACAUGCGAUGUCUCCAUCUACGCUCUGUUCUACUCUCAGGCUGACUAUGCAACGGCGACGUGCCUUCCCACAGUGGACGAUCAGGCGGCGUUAUGGGCCAGCCUUUCCGUGAUUGACGCCUUUUCGGUCGGUGUUCUGCCUUACGAACUCGGUGUCGCUCUUGGACACACUGUGUCGGCCAAGUCUGGUGUCGAAGAAUCUCUCCCACUUCUGCUGAGUGCCGUGGCACAGGGACGAUUAAGUCUGGAAGAUAUCACUGCCAGAUUAGGAGAGAAUCCUCGUGCCAUCUUCGGUCUCAACGUACAGCCCCAAACCUACGUUGAAGUUGAAGUCAAUCGAUCUUCAGUGUUCUCCCUCCAAGAUGCGAUAUGGUCUCCUCUCGAAGGCAAAGCGGUAUCUGGCGCUGUUCACAGGGUGGUGAUCAACAACCAUUCCGUGUUUUUGGACGGUAUGACUUUCUCAAUGCCCCUCGGUCGCGAUGUCUCUCUCACCGGUCCUCGCGCUGGUCCCACAGCCAAGCGAGCUUCAUUCGUCUUACCUACCAGACCCAAUCUCGGUGGUCUCAUGUCGCCCAUCUCUGAACGUCCUCCUUCGGCCCAGGGUCAUUCCAGUCGACCUGGACUAGCCAACGAAGCGCUCAUGUCACUCUCAUCCAUCGCACCCAUGCGUGACAUCUCACCCGUUCGCACUCUUUCUUCAUUGCAACACCAUCCGGCUUUCUCACGACGACAUAUCCUUUCUGUCAAGCAGUUCUCGAGGGAUGACCUUCAUGCUCUUUUCAACUUGGCUUCAGAGAUGCGAACUCAGGUCGAGCGGACAGGAACAGUCGAUACCCUGCGGGGCAGAGUGUUAUGCACUCUCUUUUAUGAACCUUCCACCAGGACAUCGACGAGUUUCGAAGCAGCCAUGAAAAGGUGUGGUGGGGAAGUGGUGCAGGUGACGGCCAACACGAGUUCGGUGCAAAAGGGUGAGAGUCUGGCGGAUACGAUCCGGACGGUUGGAUGUUACAGCGAUGCGAUAGUGUUGAGACAUCCGGCUGUGGGAUCGAGCAAGGCGGCGGCCAAGAGCAGUCCUGUCCCGAUCAUCAAUGCGGGUGAUGGGAUAGGGGAACAUCCGACGCAGAGUCUGUUGGACGUGUUUUGCAUACGGGAAGAAUUGGGUAGUGUGAACGGGAUUACUGUGACGCUGAUUGGAGAUUUGAAGAAUGGCCGUACAGUCCACUCGCUCGUCCGCCUUCUCUCCCUCUACGACGUCACUCUCAACUUUGUCUCUCCACCGUCUCUCGCCAUGCCCGAUUACGUCAAGGCGGAAGCUACGAGAGCCAACGUUCGCUGGUCAGAGUAUCACUCUCUGGACGAUGUCAUCUCCAAGUCGGACGUGCUGUACGCCACUCGGGUGCAGAAGGAGAGGUUCGACUCUGUUGCCGAAUACGAAAGCGUCAAAGAUCUGUACGUGAUCAACAACGACGUGUUGGCCAAAGCCAAGGACAGCGCGAUCGUGAUGCACCCUUUGCCCAGGGUCAACGAGAUUGACCCAGAGGUGGACUUUGACAGUCGACGAGCAGCGUAUUUCCGGCAGAUGAGAUAUGGCUUGUUUGUCCGUAUGGCUCUUCUCACCCUCGUCCUCGGCGCUUGAGAUCGUCUCUCUAUGCACACAUUUUCUUUUGCAUUACACAACGAAAAUCUUGAGACCUAUGCAUGUGCUUGAUAUCUA